CAAUGCCUCUUACGAACAGUUCGCAUAAAUGUGACGUGUUUUUUCCAGUUGGAAGUGAUGAGCAAUAGGCACCUCGCUUACAUAUUACACGCAUAGAUGAUUUUGGACGACUCAGGCUAUACCCCCGAGCAACAAGAAGCUGACUUGCAGCUCCCCAACAGCUCGACACAGCCUCACCGAGAUGAAUGAGCUCAACAGCACCAAAAGUCAAAACCGGAACGACUUGCAAGGUACUUCGUGGGCUCCACCGAAGAAACAACGACGAUCCCCCGCAUCGUACGUGUGGCGCAGCGGACGGAUGUUUUCUCCGCAAAUGUUACCAAUGCAACCCCAGGACUUGGUUAGGGCUGGUCACAUCACGGCCAGGCCCAGUGUGAGGCAGCUAGCCUAUUUCGAUUCCGUAUGUUCGCAAUAUUGUACAGGCGCGUGCACCGGACAGCAUAAAAAACAUUCGAGAUUAAGCGUGACGCAUUACGCAUCCAUCCCCUACCUCCCCACCACCACCAGCAAGACAGGGCGGCCGAUCCUGGCGUCAUUAGUCGGGCCCAACGACCGAUAUGGGGUUCUGAGCUCUUCUGGGGUUUACUCCCUCAAGACCUUACUUGCGUUGCAGCCCGCCGCCUUUCUUCAAUCUGCCUACACUUUACGCAUGAGCAGGAAUGGACAUAUUGUAAAUCGGGGAAACGAGUUCGUCCCCACGAUGACCUCAGCACUAAUCAACGUGCAAGCUCGCACCUCCCGCUGACGGCAUGGAAUCCAUUGGAACUGCUCGGGCGGCUUCUGUUAAGCUUACCAAAACACUUCGCGGCAUCGGAAGGAACCUGCUGGCA